UCCCCAGGGGCAGGGGCUGCGGCGGCCGGGCCGCGGUGCGUCUGCAGCAUCCAGUUUUGGCGUCUCCAGCCCCCUGCGCGCCUCGGCUCCGUGUCUCCUCCCCCUCCCGCCCAUGUGGGGCUCCCACGGCGAGCCAACUCCGCGCACUUUGCCCCUCGUUGGCAGCGAAUAAAAGGGGUCAGAGGAAAUACGGGGCACGACUACCCACAGCCAGCUCUAGCCUUUAAAUCCCCAAGCCUGGGGGAGAUCCGCGCACAGCGAGUCUGGUCCCGGAUCCCGAGCGUGAGAUCCCGAGCUCCGCGCCCAGGACUGCAGCGCACGAGCGCACUCGGCAGCCGAGUCCGCGCAGCGACUCUCAACCCCGGGAAAGUGAUUCCCGGCAUCGGCGAGCCCAGAUGCCGGCCCACUUGCUGCAGGAGGAGAUCUCCAGCUCCUACACCACCACCACCACCAUCACAGCACCAGCGCCCAGGGUCUUGCAGAAUGGCGGGGGCAAGUUGGAGAAGAUGCCCCUCUAUUUGGAAGAAGACAUCCGCCCCGAAAUGAAAGAUGACAUCUUUGACCCGAGCUACCAGGACAAGGAGGGCCCGAGGCCCCAGCUGGAGUACGUGUGGAGGAACAUCAUCCUCAUGUCGCUGCUGCAUCUAGGAGCCUUGUACGGGAUCGUGUUGAUCCCUUCCUGUCAGCUCUACACCUGUCUGUGGGCAUUUUUUUACUAUAUCAUCAGUGCCCUGGGCAUAACGGCCGGGGCGCAUCGCCUCUGGAGCCACCGGACUUACAAAGCUCGGCUGCCUCUGCGCGUCUUCCUGAUCAUCGCCAACACCAUGGCCUUCCAGAACGAUGUCUUUGAAUGGUCCCGAGAUCACCGCGUCCACCACAAGUUUUCGGAAACAGACGCCGACCCCCAUAAUUCCCGACGUGGCUUCUUCUUCUCACACGUGGGCUGGCUGCUGGUCCGCAAACACCCCGCUGUCAAAGAGAAGGGGGCUCUGCUGGACCUGUCCGACCUGAAGGCUGAGAAGCUGGUGAUGUUCCAGAGGAGGUACUACAAAACCGGUAUCCUGCUCUUGUGCUUCGUCCUGCCCACACUGGUACCCUGGUAUUUCUGGGGGGAGAACUUCAUGAACAGCUUCUACGUGGCCACGCUCCUGCGCUACGCCUCGGUGCUCAACGCCACCUGGCUGGUGAACAGCGCCGCGCACCUCUACGGGUACCGCCCUUACGACAAGAACAUCAACCCCCGGGAGAACGUCCUGGUUUCACUGGGCGCCGUGGGCGAGGGGUUCCACAACUACCACCACACCUUUCCCUAUGACUACUCGGCCAGCGAGUACCGCUAUCACAUCAACUUCACCACCUUCUUCAUCGACUGCAUGGCUGCCCUGGGGCUGGCUUACGACCGGAAGAAAGUCUCCCCGGCGACCGUCCUGGCCAGGGUUAAAAGAACUGGAGAUGGAAGCUUUAAGAGUGGCUGAGAUCUGGGUCCCUGGGGUUCCUUUUCCAAAAGCCAGCGAGGCAGAGUUUUUUAAUGUUCUGUUUAUUAACUACUGAAUAAUGCUAUCAGGAUGCUAAAGAUGAUGACGUUAACCCAUUCCAGUACAGUAUUCUUUUAAAAUGCAAAAGUAUUGAAAGCCAACAA